CUAUACAUUACCUUCCUAGCUAAAUGACUACCCUGAUACCAUCAUCUUCUACCCUUCUACUUUAUUAUAUCAACUUCAAUAUAAUCCAUUUCCCUUUCACCACACCUCCAAAACCCAUCAUCUUUUCUCCACGUUUCCCCACCUUCAUCCCCUGUUUUUUUCCCCAGAAAACUGCAAAACACAGACAUAUAUGAUGGAUAACAACACAAUGGUCGGCGGUGAUUCCGGGGAUGAUUUAGGAGAGCAGCGGAGUUCCGGUGGUUUUGGGUACAGCAUUGGGUUCUCCGUAGGAAUCCUUUUAAUCCUCGUACUCGUCACUUACUUCUCCUACGUUUGCGUUAAAGCUCGCCCGGGAAACGCCUCGCGUAGUAGACGCGCCGUCACGGCAGCGGAGGAUGACGAUGAUGAGCGGAUGAGCAGGCGGCGGCUCGGCCUUGACGAAGCUACGCUGGAGAGCUACCCGAAGCUUGUUUAUUCGCAGGCGAAACAGCAUGAAGGGGAUUCCGCCAUUUCUUCUUCUUCAGGGUGUUCUAUCUGCUUAGCAGAUUAUAAGGAUGCUGAUAUUCUCAGGCUUUUACCUGACUGUGGCCAUCUUUUCCAUUCCAAAUGCGUUGAUCCUUGGCUCAGGCUUCGCCCUACUUGCCCCAUUUGUCGAAACUCUCCCCUCCCCUCUCCUCUCCUAAGGUCGGUUGAUUGAUGUAAUCAAGGAAGAAGAAAAAUGAUGGAGAAGUGAUAUCAAAUAUUGACAUAGUAUGUUUAAUUUGGACAUACAAUCAUUUUUCUUCAAUCAGGGUGGAGGUGAUUUGAAUUGCCUACCAACCAGAAGAAAUAUACAUGUGAAGAAAAUGAAAUCCUGAAGACAAAUUUGCAAGAAAUGGUAG